AUGUCCAAGCCCCGUAUCGUUGACCCAAAGGCCAUCAAGGCCUUUGGCUUGACGCAGAUCUAUACCCCGCGCGAUGAUCCAACGAUCGAUAUCGUCUUUGUUCAUGGCCUCAACGGACACCCUCACGACACUUGGACCAGUAAAGACACCGGUUGCUUCUGGCCAACGGACCUUCUCCCGGACGUGCUUGCCUCACAGCGUCCCCGCAUUCUAACUUAUGGCUACAAUGCCAAUGUCACUGCCUUCACAGAUGGGGCUUCGCGUGAUACCGUCGUCAGCCAUGCCGAGACUCUUGCGUCCACUCUCGCGGCUAAUCGAAGUCUAAAAGAUUGCUCCAAUCGUCCGAUAGUAUUUAUCUGCCACUCGCUGGGGGGCCUGAUUGUGAAGCGUGCCCUGAUAUACUCCCGUAGUCUCUCAAGUGAGAAGACCGAGCAUCUGCGCUCAGUCUAUGUUUCCACUUUUGGCAUUCUCUUCCUCGGUACACCUCAUAAUGGAUCUGACAUUGCAAAAUGGGGUCUGCUGCUGCAAAAUAUCUGCAAUGCUGUGCUCCCGAAGAGGUUCAUAGAGUCGUCUCCGCAGCUUGUCAAAGCUCUACGGACCAACAAUGAAACAUUGCAGCACAUCAACAGUCUUUUCGUUGACAUCAUGGGCCGAUUCCACAUCUACUUCUUCCAUGAAACACGGUCCACCGAUAUGCGUGGUACUCGCGAAGUGAUCGUGGACGAGCACUCAGCCGCGCCGUAUAUGGAGGGUGUUGAGCGGGCGGGUAUCGAGGCCGACCACAGCCAUAUGUGCAAGUUUGAUGAUGACAAUGCAGCGGGCUAUGAGGUUGUGGCGGAGGCGAUCCUUCGAUACUCCCGUCAGGCUCCUGCUGUGAUUACGGAUCGCUGGGUGGAAGAGAAGAACGCCCGUACGCAGGAAAAGAAGGCCAAGGCUAGGGAAAUAUAUGACGCAAGAAUAGAUGAUCCCCGUAACCGAAGCAUGCCUGAAUUGACCAACGAUGACAAAACCAUACUACCCCCGCCGCGUGGCCCUGCGACAGAAGGUCGAAAUUCCCCGGUAUCUGAUCUGGGAGACAGCGGAGUUCUCCAAUUCUCCCACUAUUCCAUCAAGGAUUCGUCCCUAUUGGUGGCACCUCCAGGAUUUCACCCUAACGCUACUUUUUUUGGAAUGGAGAAAGAACUUGAAGUAUUGCACAAUCGGUUGUUCAAAGCCAAGGCCCGUCCAGAAAAGACAAUGGCCGUGCUGAUAUCCGGCGUUCCAGGCUCCGGCAAGACACAUCUAGCGCGGCAGUACGUGUUCACUCAUCGUGACUGCUACCCAGGCGGCAUAUUUUGGAUUGACGCCAAGUCCCGUGAAUCGACGUACAAGUGUUUCUGGGAGAUUGCACAAAAAGCUACGCUGGUUGAGCAAAUGGUGACCGUGAGCCCUGAGUAUCAUGAGACUGAGAAAUACGUGAAUGCAGUCCGCCUCUGGCUUCAGACACGCAGGGACUGGCUCCUCGUCUUCGAUGGUGUUACCUUCGACCGCGACGAUGAUAUCAAUAAGUUCAGGGAGGUCUUGCCAUGGAGCAAACAGUGCAGUAUUAUAUACACCUCGGUCGACACAACGCUGCGCAAAAAGCAACGAUUGUACGAGCCCUAUUGUUUGAUGAUCUCGCGGUUGCAAGUGGAAGAUGCUUGCAAGCUUUUGUUCAAAGAUCUUGGGAUUACGCGAGCGACACCCGAGCAAAUCUCCAAGGCUACCCGAAUAGUUGAGCACUACGAAUGUCUGCCUUUGGCAAUCCAUGCCAUUGGGCAUCGUCUCAACGCAACGGGUAAACCGAUUGAAAAGUAUCAUGUCAAGUCUCAAGUGACGGACAAGAAGCUUGCAGAGCCUUUCUUGAGCAUCAUGAACGAUUUGUUUCGGUUGCAGCAAAAACAGGCGCUGCACUUGAUUAAUCUUCUCUCGUUUCUUGGUCAUCAGGUGCCAGUGGGCCUUCUGAACCUCGGUCGAGCCGCUAUGGCCGCUGAGAAUUUGGAGAUCCAGACUAGCGCCCAAGCUGGGGAAGAUCCUGAUCUCGAUACCACGCUGGGAACUCUCAUUCAUUAUGGGUUGGUUGAACGGAUUUCAGACGCCGACCUCUUCCAGCAACGAUCGUCUAUGCAUCGUUUUGAGGGCGACCAGAUGAGCUCGGAUGUGAAGACUGUUCCGGAACUCUCAGAUUCGCUGACAGAGAGCAGCCAAGAAGGAUUCUUCUCAAUCUACCGUCACGAAUCGGUGGUUGAUGUAGUUAAGAUUCACAGUGUGGUGCAGGGGUUCUGUCGUGAUGAGCUCCGAAUCAAGGACGAGGAGAACAAAGGUACCAUGAGCAAAAAUGAUCCUGGUUUCUUCGAUACUUGGUUGAUUGUUGUCACUCGCUUUCUCAUCACGUCUUAUGAAGCCGCCAUGGAACGGAUGGCUCAUUAUGAAGACUGUGGCCUUGUCCGGGACUACCGAGAGUACGAAACUCACGCUUCACGACUGCUUGAGCUCUUCCCAAAAAAGGCAACAAUUGAUCUCCAUCCAUUAAUAGUUCGUGAAACACGAGAGAAUUUGCGACAAUUGACGAAGUUCAUAAGCAAAGAAAUAGCGAACAUGUCUCCAAGCUCCUCACACCACUUCACCCGGAACCAAAAGUCGGUUUUCGACCGAUCAAGCAGCUCAUCGUCAUCCUUCCGCGAUUCUUCAGCAGACGAAGGUUUAUCUCGUCGGUCUACCUUUAACUGGAGUGAUCUCGGCUCACCUCGAGCGGAAUCUCCCGAGGAGAUGAUUAUGCCACCUCCCCGGUUCAGGUUAGAGCUUUUUCCGCCACAUAUAUUCAGACAGACUGGGUAUGAAUCCGAAGAAGGCUAUGAGACGGAUAGGGAAGUCAUGGAGGCACCUCGAAUAUCUCCAGCCAUGUCACAAGUGAGCCAAGCCACGGAGAAACCGACCAAGACACCUUCAUCGACGCCUCCACCCACCACUGGCCUAUCAGAGUGGCAAGUGGUCAAUCGACACUCAAAGCCAAGGUCAAAUAAAGAGAAUCAGACAAAGAGGUGGAACAAAGGCUCUCGUCCCUUUAAAAAUACCAAGAUCGACACCCCAUUGGUCAAACUGUCCUCAGUCCAAGGAAAAGGAUCAUCAAGCCGCACAUCCGCUGCCGAAAUGGCGAGCUCUUUGAUGCCGGCUUCGGAGGCCGAACAGGCACUCGCUGCAGUGCGUCGAUCUAGCGACUCUCAAGUGUCCGAUGACGCCCCACAGCCUACAAUCGCCUCUGCACCGACAAGCAAAGAGAAUAUGCCAACGUAUGCGAAUGUGGCUACAAGACGAAUGUUAGAGGUAGACGCCACGGUAAAACGUCACCCAUCUUCAGUUCCCGUUAUGCAGACUUUGGAUCCAGCUAGCGUUUUGCAUUCGAAUGACGGUUUGCAGAUGAAACCGUCUACUGAGUCGCUCAACAGUCAGGCGGGCUACACCUUUACGUCUCCACUAGCCAAUGAUGUGUCUGGCGAAUUGAUGACUGAGACUUUGAGUCGAUCAACCUACAGUGAGCCUGAGUUCAAUAUGCCAAAUUACCAUCAAGGAGCAAGUUUACAUACCGCUCCUGGAUCCCGGGCUCCCUCUCGGCGUGCUUCAGUGCCACAUCUGGAGGUCCCACGAGGUCUAUCUGCAAGUGUGCCAUCCCUCCUUCCCUACCCGCCACCGCUGCCAUACGAUGAGAACAUUUCCGUCGCUUUCCAACGCCGCAGACGAUCCUCUCAAUUAGCAUCCGACUCAAUAACUGCCUCAGAUGACCCUAGACCUUCUCCGAUCGCUCAUCCAUCCGCAAUCAUGCCGGGCGCAUUGCCAUUAUCUAAUCCCAACAUACACAUGGGCUCAGCUCCAGAACGAUCCACCCCGGAGCCAAUGUCGCGUAACUCUUCCGGCUACUCCCAUCAAUCGUGGGCUACAGAACCCGUGCGAUAUCCACCCCGGUUCUCACCAAUUCCAAGUUACCAACAGAUCACCGAGAUGGUUCCAACCCCACCACCGAGCAUGCAGCAUCAACAACACAUGCUCACCGGGACUGGUAGCUGGACAAGCGAAUUGCCUUUGGGGGGCGGUGCUCUCCAGGCAGAUCCCAACUAUCCCAGCCCGCCCUUGUCAUCGAAUGGACAGCUCGGCUCCAUGGAUGAGAGACUGAAGUAUCCCGACCAGGGCUGGAACCCGGAGCUUGAGCCAGCGCGGUAUUUGCAUUUUGGUGGACACCGCGUUGAUGUACGAGAUGCACGACAUCGACUCCAUGGAUCGACUCGCCUGCUGCCCCCAUAUCCCCCUCAAUAUCACUUAUAUCACCCGAAUUUGUCGGGCCCUUUAAUUCAACAUGAUGGUCAGGUCUAUGCGCCCGCGCCCCGACUGGGAGUAUAUGGGAAUGGGACUCGUACGCGUAGUGGGAGCUCCCCUUCGCGCACUAAUUAUGUUGAUUUGGGUAUGCGGUACUAA